CUUAAACGAACGCCUCUGCUCGGUCGCUCACUGCCUUUGCUUGCGCGGUCGUCGAAUCGCAACACGCAGCGACACACUCGCGCAACCCUCGGCGUCGUCGGAGUCGGACCUCAGAAAAAUUGGUAGAAAUCGGCUUCAAUAGAGUGGUGACAGAAGUCCAAGAAGAAGAUGGGUACUUCAACGGCACUUCGAGACCUACAGCGGGAUCUCGAGAACAAGGCUAAUGACUUGAGCAAACUCCAGAAAGACAUUGCCAAGAAUCACCAAGUGAGGAAGAAGUACACUAUCCAGCUUGGGGAGAAUGAGCUCGUCCUUAAGGAGUUGGAUUUGCUUAGUGAAGACGCGAAUGUGUACAAGAUGAUUGGUCCUGUACUUGUGAAGCAGGAUCUGGCAGAAGCAAAUGCAAACGUGCGCAAGAGAAUUGAUUAUAUCUCUGCUGAACUGAAGCGUCUUGAUGCGACUCUGCAGGAUCUGGAAGAGAAGCAGAACAGCAAGAGAGAUAUGAUCCUGAAGCUACAACAGAGGAUUCAAUCUCUUCAGGCUGGGAAAGCAAAGGCAUAAUCUGGACCUGGUAUAUGUU